AUGGAUAAUGCCAAGAAGAAGUCCAUAAUUUGCUAUGAACGGAACAUGGCGAUGACAAGUGACCCUUAUGAUUGUGGCGAAGCCAAGUCCUCUGCUAUGGAGCGAGCCCAAGAGGUUCAAGCAAAUUUACCUUCCAAAUUCCCUAGCCUUGUGAAGUCUAUGCUUCCUUCACAUGUCACUGGUGGGUUUUGGCUGGGCCUUCCCAAGCAUUUCUGCAAUCAACAUUUGCCAAAGGUUGAUGACAUUGUUGUUUUGAUGGAUGAAAAUGAACAAGCCUACAAAACAAAGUAUCUUGUUCGUAAGAAUGGAUUAAGUGGCGGGUGGAAGGGGUUCUCUGUUGCCCACAAAUUGCUUGAAGGGGAUGUUUUAGUUUUCCAGUUAAUUGAAGCUUGCAAAUUUAAGGUAUACAUUGUACGAGUAAAUGGUUUAGCGGAAAUUGAUGGGGCUAUUGGCCUUCUAACUUUAGAUGCUCAUUCCCAAUCAAUAAAUAUUGACUCAAAACUCACAGAUCAACUAGAGAAGGGUAGGAUUAUUUCUGAAACAGUAGGUGAAAAAUGUCCUGAGCCUCUUCAACUAGACAGUCAUCAAGAUAACAUUCAAGAGAAAGGCAUGAUAGUCUUAGAUACUGAUUGUGCACCUGCAGCAGAACAGUCUGGAAAUGACAGUGAUGGUAUAGGGUCUGAAGUAUUUGAUGGCACUCGAUUUUCAGAAUCCAUUGUUGAUUUCAAGGACUUAAAGAGUAUUGAGGAUUUCAAUAUUAUUGUGGAUGGAAUAAUCAUAAACGCUGAGAUACCGACACACCUUCAGGUCAAGUACUAUGAACUCUGCUGCAGUCAAAACUUGUUUCUUCAUGGCCAUCUUGUCCAGGGCCUAAACUAUAAGCUAGUGUCCGGGAUAAUUUCUGAAACUAUCAACAUUGCCGAUGCUAUCAAAGCUUGCAAACUUACCACAUCUCGUGAUGAUCUUGAAAUUUGGGACGAGACUCUAAAAGCCUUUGAGGCGUUAGGCAUGGCAGUUGGAUUCUUAAGGACACGUCUAAAUAGGCUUUUUAGCCUUUCACAUGAAACAGGGAAGGUCAUAGAAUCAAAAAGACUUGAACGAAUGCAAGCAGAAGAAGAGAUGAAAACUCUUGAAGCCAAACUUUUUAAUGUGAAAGUGGGGAUUCAAACUCUGGAUAGUGAGAUUGAGGCUCUGAAGGUGAAAGGCGAGAGUCGUGAGCUUAUGUUCCGGGAAGAGGCUAAUUCUCCAUGGUGAAAGCUCUCUUCAAAGUUCAUUUAUGGUAUUGGUGUAUAGUUAUUUUUGUGGAGUUACAUUUAUAUCAAACAAGCAAGUGGUGUAUUGAGGAAGAACUUGUUUCUGACUGCUAUAUCUCUGUUGUGGGUCAUAUUUUGAAUGUAUGUCACAAAGCACAAAACUCUGAACCCACCACUCCAGAUUCAUGUUUGAACUUAUGACAAU